AUGCGCGUUACCUUUACCGCCACAGCGUUGACGCUGCUCGCGACGGCGGCACUCUCGGCAGCAAGCCCUUUGAAAGAGCGUCAAUCAUUCGUACCAUCAGAAUUCGACACAUGGGUAUGGAGAGACGUGAGCGCCAAUGUGUGCGCCGAUGGAAGCUCGACUGGCGCGGCCUACAACGCGCGUGCCGAUUACAACGCCAAGGAUCUCCUCAUCUGGUUCGAUUCAGGAGGAGCCUGCUGGGACGCCUACACCUGCUUCUACAACCCGACCGCCUACAAUCUUAAUGGGUAUACCAACUACACUUUCCAGACCUACGCAAGGCCAGGUCUCGAAUCACAGUUCCUCGUGACAUCUCGUGAUCCUGCCAGGAACAAUCCCUGGGCUAACGCUCACAUGAUCUUCGUUCCUUAUUGCACUGGUGACGUCCAUGGAGGCAACAACGUCGUGACGUAUGGCGGCGCACCUGCUCCGAUCCAUCACAAAGGCUACGACAAUUUCCAGAACAUCCUUGAGCUCGCCUCCAGCAUGGUGCCUUGGAUCGAGAACGUUUACGUGGCCGGAAGCAGCGCUGGCUGCUACGGUGCUGUGCUCAACUACGUAGCUGCGAAAAGUGCUUGGCCUGAUGCGAAAGUGCACCUGAUCGCUGACUCGUGCGAAGCGACUCCGGGUUUCCUCAACAGCAAGCCAAGCUGGAACCUGGUUCAGCCCUCAGGGAGCUCCUGUCCGAACUGUGCAUCAGGCGAGUUCAACUCGAUCCUUCCCGCCCUGUCUGAGGCGAACCCCGGCAGCAGAUUCGGCUCGAUUUCGUAUUCCGUAGACGACUAUCUCCCUUACUUCCUCUCCACGACCAUGCAGAGCUUCGCCACCUUGAUCAAGCAGUAUUUCGCCAACAUCACCGCUACCGCCACCAACAUGGCCAAGACUUUCACCGUGGCCGGCCAAGCUCAUGGCGUCUUGAUUCAUACCCGUCCUGGAUCCGCAACGGACGCUGAGCUCGCAAGCUGGCUCGCCACCUUGAAAGACCUUGGAUCCACUUUCCAGUCACAGUCGGUAUGA